CCAAUUGGUAUUUGGCGUAAGAGGGGUCUCGGUCGUUUUCGUGCAUGUGCCAGUCUCCUACACAUUCCCCAGCUUUUGACAUCCACGAGGUGUGCGUUCCCCGCGUACCUCCGCGUUCAUACCAUCCUUGGAAGUCUUGGUGUAUUUUCUUAUUUCUACUUAAUUCGCGUGCGACACCCUGCGGGUCUGUCCCCUGAAGAACCCACAGUCGCUCUGAAUCGCCAUCAACCGGUGGGCGGCAGAGUUAUCGAACUGUACACAACAACAUCUUUACACUUCACACAAGAUCGACGAUAUGGAGAGCAAAGUCGGCGGAGAGACACGGGCGGACGAUGUGUAUACAACGCCCCAGAAAAAAGGCGGCGUUAUGAACAAGCUCUACCCGCCAGGACCCACGCCAGGCGCCAAAGGGCGUAUGAAGAACCACUGCAGGAAGUUUUGGUGGUGUGAUUGCCUAGUCCUCGUAAUCAUUGUGUUGGUCAUUGUCCUGCCAAUUAUAUUUGUUGGUAUACCAAAUAAGGCACAGCAUGAGAUCAACGCCUCGACACUCGAAGUUACUUCCCAGGAAGUCACCAACCCGCAGCCGAAUGGUGUCCACCUGAAGAUCGAUACAGUCAUCAGGAGUGGCAGUAGUUAUCACCCUAAGAUUGACGCUUUCAAAGCAGGACUAUCGCUACCAGGACAAGACCCUUUCAUCUACAUCAACAUACCUGAAGCGAAAUCUGAGGCAGAGACCCGCAUCACCGUCGACCAAGAUGUCAUUUUCGCGAGUGAUGUCGAGUUCUCCAGUUACACCAAGGCUGUGCUGGACAGCGAGACAAUCCAAAUCCACCUUGACGGCAAGACCAACAUUCACCUCUCUGGCCUGCCUACCAUGGACGUCGAUUACAACAAAGUCAUUACGAUGAAGGGACUAAACAAGCUCUCCGGACUCAACAUCAGCGAUGUGCGCAUUCUCUCCGGCGAAGACGAGAUCCUGUCCGAUGGCUCCAACCUCAUUGCCAACGUCAGCAUUCCCAACCCCUCUGUCAUGACCCUCGACCUAGGCAACAUCACCAUGAACCUAGCUGUCGACGGCACCGCAAUUGGCUACGCACUCAUUCCAAACCUUUACCUCAAGCCCGGCGACAACAAAUUCCCUUUGCAAAGCCACGUCGACCAGCUCGCUAUCUUGGGCCUGAUUCAGGAGAAGUACAACAAUGCUGUGCUGCCGCUUGAGAUUGUGGGCAACUCAAGUAUCAAGGAUGGUCAGCACUUGACCUACUACGAAGAUGCGAUCAAGAGCAAUACGAUCAACCUGAAUCUGAAUGUCGGACCGGCGUUGGCUGACAUUGGGAUUAACAUCACCAGCUUUGGAGGCUCGUAGAUUGCCUAGUAACCAUCGCUGUACUUUUGCGUUCUUGUUUUCCGAGUUUUUCACGGAAAGUUAGCGGAAUGUUGGUAUGCGCUUGC